AUGUCAAAGUCACUGGAGCUGGAGAUAAAGCGUCUGAGAGGUACUUUUAAAGUGAUGACGAAGAUGGAUGAAAUUCAAGAUAAGUUAAGGGAGAAGGAGGAGGAGUUGACGAUGCUGAAGAACUUUAUAGAGCAUUCCUUGUUGAGGAGCGGAAGGAAUAAUGAUGAACUGCAGGAUGCUUGUUAG